AACCAUUAUUGGACUUCGCUUACGUUAUCAGUUUACUAGUGAAUUCGUAUCAGUGAUAACGUGGUAUUGAGUAAAAUAUGUCUCAGCCUACGGGGUAUGUUCCUCCACAGAGCUUCGGAGAAGAUGGCCACGUGCAGGGGUUCGACUUCACAGAACAGAGCAUACGAAGAGGUUUUAUACGAAAGGUGUACUCUAUCCUUAUGUGCCAGUUGUUGAUUACGAUGGGCUUCAUAGCGUUAUUCCUCUUCCACGAACCUACAAAGCGCUGGGUAUCGCAACACAAUUAUUUAUUAUGGGUCGCCAUAGCGGUUGUGUUCGUGUGUAUAAUAGUCAUGUCGUGCUGUCCGGACGUGAGGCGGACUGCGCCCACAAACUUCAUCUUCUUGUUUGUGUUCACGUUGGCGCAGAGCUUCAUGCUGGGCGUCGUCACCAGCAUUUACAGCGUCUCUGAAGUGAUGAUGGCAGUCGGUAUCACCGCGGGCGUUUGUUUGGCGCUCACAUUAUUCGCCUUCCAGACAAAGUGGGACUUCACUAUGAUGGGUGGUGCUCUGGUCGCAGCUUCUAUGGUGCUGCUUCUCUUCGGACUGAUUGCAAUCUUCCUGCCGAGAAACAACAUACUGACGCUGGUUUACGCAUCCGCGGGGGCACUGCUGUUCUCACUCUAUCUUGUCUAUGACACGCAACUUAUGAUGGGAGGGAAACAUAAAUACAGCCUAUCCCCUGAGGAAUAUAUCUUCGCAGCUCUUAACCUUUAUUUGGACAUUGUUAAUAUAUUCCUAUUCAUUCUGACAAUUAUAGGAUCGUCUAAAUAAUUA